UUCUUGACCAAACAAACCCCAUUACAGAUCUUGAAGCUCUGCUACCAAGACAUAAUCAAAGACAUUGUAAUAUACUACAAAAAGUCCUCCUAUCAGGAGUUGGCAAUGUCAGUUGCUACUUGCUAGCUCAUACUGGUAUAAUUAUGAGUUAAAAUAGAGAAGUUGUUUCUUUUAUAUGAUUUUAACAGUGGCAGUGGCGGUGGUAACUGGUUAAUGUCAAGAAACUCUCUCUUUGAUGCAGGCGUGGUAUAAAUGCAGGACCAUUGCAACUGCUCUUUUCUCUUUCACUUUCUCUGCAAGUACCCAUUUCUUUGUUUUUGAUUCUCUCGCUAAAAUUUUCAACUUUCUUCUUGUUGUAUAUUCGGGCAAGAUGCCAUUUUUUUAACAGAGAAGAAGCUGAAUUCAAUAAAGUUUUGUGUUUUUAUGAGUUUAAAAGCUUCAAUGUUGACCAGGGUUCCUAAAGAAGAACAGAAUCUGAAACGAGUAUAUUUCUUUUGCCGCUUUAGUCGGCUCUCUCUCUUUCUCUGCGUGUUUCUGAUUAACUCUGACUAGGGUUUUGAAUGGGGUGUGUAUUUAUUGCACUAACAUCAAUGUUUGCUCUUCUUUUGCUGGCUUAAUCGACUGCUUCCCGUCAGACUUUUUCACACUGCUUUCAACUUUCUUUAUCCGUUUCUCUUCUAUUGUCUUCACCUCUUGCUUUUGUGUGUAAUUUUGGUACUUCAAGUUCAGUGUUAACUUUGGAAAUGGUAGGUCCUCUGCUGGUGUGAUCUUUGGGACAUGAGUUUGGUAAUCCGGGUCUUUGUUUUCACUGUCUUGUUAGGUCUAUGACCUCAUUUAUUGAAGCGGUUCUCUCUUGUUUAGUUCUUUAAAGUUGUUAUUAGUUUCAUUUGUUAGUGCACACUCAUCCUUUCUUUCAUGCCUUCUGGGUGGAUUCAGCGUCUGAAGGAAUAUCUUUGAGACGUUUUUGACGUUCCAUAUAUUAUAGGUUUCAAAUUUUGUGGUUUGGGUGAAUCUUCCUUCUGAAGUGAUGAUUUCGUAUAUUCUUGGGGAUUAGCUAGUUUUUCUUUUUUUGCUUUUUCGUUCUGUAGUCGUCCCUCUUGCCAUUUGAUCUUUGGCUUAUCUCAUUCAGCCGUUAGUGCUAUUUAUGGAGAUCAAUUUUUAAGUUAAAAAUUUUGUUGUAGUGGAUGUCUAGUGAUUACUUGCUGGUUGUUCAAACGCAAUUGUGAGAUUAAGGGUAUCUGUUUGCUACUUUUGCUAUUCUUGUUGAAGAGAAAUAGAUAUGAGUGACAAGGAUAAAUUUGAGCUAGAAAAGAGGAAUGAUAAUCCUAUGAACUGCCAUUCUUCUAAUAUGUCCUCGGACUGGCGAAUUAGGAGUGCCAAUCUUGCAAAUGCGCCUAUUAAUUUGGUUCCCAGCAAUAAUUCCAUGGCAGUUGGUCCUACUUCUUGUUCGUCUGCCUCCGUGGUAGACUCAUUUAACGAAAGCAUUUGGCAGAAUCCUAUCAGUUCACAAAACUUGGGAUUUGGUGAUUUUGAUGUCCAAAACAAUUCAAGCACAUCAAAUGCAUUAGGAAUUAGAAAAGGCAGUCAGGCUUCUUUGAGAAGUAGUAUUGAGAGACCUCUUGAUGUGGGAUGGAAUCCUCCUUCUUCAAUGCUGAAAAGAGGCAUUUUCUUACCAAGUGUGCCUGGAGUUUUCCCACAGAGCUUAUCUCAGUUCCCAGCUGAUUCUGCUUUCAUUGAGCGAGCUGCCAGGUUUUCAUCCUUCACUGAUGGAAAUUUUACUGAUAUGAUGAACACUUUUGGUGUUCCUGAAUCAACGGGUCUAUUUUGUAAGGGUGGGGGGAUGAUGCAAGGGCCACAAGAAAUUUUUAGUGGCUGCGGGUUGAAAUCCGUAUCUGGCGGUCAGUCUCAGAAGAAUGAAAUCAAUGUGGCUGAUGUAUCUGGAGAUCCCUUGUCUGCUGAACAUGGGGCUACUGAUGGGAGGCCACUUAAAAAUGAAAGAAAAAGUGAGAGCCUUGUGAGAGCUCAUGAGGAACCCAAACAAGAUGUUGGCGGCUCUGGUAAUGAGUCUGAUGAAGCUGAGUUCGGUGAUGGUGGUGGUAAUCGUCAGGAUCAGCCAUCGGCUUUGGACAAUACAGUUGGGGAACCUUCUGCCAAAGGCCUUGCCACAAAGAAAAGAAAAAGGAAUGGGCAGGAUACUGAACCUGGUCAAAUCAAGGGAGUCCAGUUAUCUGGUGAAGGUGCAAACGGUAAUGCUGAAAAUCAACCGAAAGGGGACCAAAACCCAACUUCAACCACAAACAAGACUGCUGGAAAACAUGGAAAACAAGGGUCUCACGCCUCAAAUCCACCAAAAGAAGAAUAUAUUCAUGUUAGGGCUCGAAGAGGCCAAGCAACAAAUAGCCAUAGUCUUGCUGAAAGAGUGAGAAGGGAAAAGAUAAGUGAGAGGAUGAAGUUUCUCCAAGACCUUGUACCUGGUUGCAGUAAGGUAACUGGCAAAGCUGUGAUGCUAGAUGAAAUCAUUAACUAUGUACAAUCACUGCAACGGCAGGUUGAGUUUCUGUCAAUGAAACUCGCCACAGUAAAUCCACAGCUGGAUUUUAACAUAGAAGAGCUCCUGGCAAAAGAUAUCCUUCGGUCACGAGCUGGUCCUUCAUCUACUUUUGGGGUUUCCGCAGAUAUGCCUAUGGUUUAUCCUCCACUACAUCCAUCUCAGCCAGGACUUAUGCCAGCUGCUUGUCCUGGUAUGGGAAACUCUCCUGACAUACUUCGGAGAACUAUUAAUUCCCAGUUGACGCCUAUGACUGGAGGAUUCAAGGAUCCAGCACAGUUACCCAAUAUGUGGGAGGAUGAUCUCCACAAUGUUGUUCAGAUGAGCUAUGGAACUGGCCCUCCCCCUGAUAGCCAAGAUAUAAAUGGCUCUGUAACUCCAGGUCAUUUGAAGGUUGAACUUUGAUUAUUCUCUGUUGGUCUUACACCACCAGACUAUUACAGCAUCAUAUAUACUUGCACUCCUAUCUGGGAGGCGACGACGAAGCUCACAAGUAUUCCUCUUAUAAACUUAAAUGAUGAUUAAAUGUAGACUAUGACCAUUUUCCUACUUCAACUGUAAUCUGCCAAUUGAGAUGCCACUGACCUGUUCUUUGAGCUUGAUUAAUAAGUUCAGAACUAAAGCAGCUGAUCACUUCGCGGCGAGGGCCCUCAGAUGCAUAAUGUGGCAGUGACCUUGUUUGUUAGAUUAGUUAUAAAUAAUAUAUAUUACAUAUAUGCAAGAAAAUAUUCAUUAGAAUAGAAUUGCUCCUUGAGCAGAAAAUGUCUGGAUCCAAGAAUGUAUAGGUUAAUAUUCCAAGAGUAGACCAGUAGACAAAACUGGUAUCUCAUUAGAUACAAGUGUAAUUUUUACAAGAUAGCAGUGUUAAAGCCUUUGGGAGUUAAUGUUCUAUUCAGAGAUGGAAGCUGAAUGGUAAUUAUAUAUAUUGAUCUCUCUGGAUUACAUUAAUCCA